AUGAGGACUGUGGAGGCCAGCCUUUUCCUCCUCUUCUUCCUCCUUCAGGAGGUCACAGAUGCCACAGUGAGCUUCCCUUGCGCGCCCAAGUAUGUCAGCCCUGGCGACAUGGUGUGCGUCUGCAACGCAACUUACUGCGACAUGAUGGGCCCCCUCUCCCUGCCGCCCGAGGGCACCUUCGUCAAGUACCUGAGCAGCAAGGCUGGCAAGCGCCUGGAGCGAAGGGAAGGAAAGCUUUUGGCAAACAGGAGACGCUCAGGGCUCCUGUAUUCCUACAAUCCCUGCGUUCAGUACCAGUGCAUGAAAGGUUUCGGUGGCUCCCACACAGACGCGGUCGCGAUUAAUAUCAUGCAGUUGUCUCCAGCAGCCCAAGAGCGCUUGCUCCGGUCCUACUUCUCCGAAGACGGCAUUGAGUACAACCUUUUGCGCUUGCCCAUUGGCUUUUCGGACUUCUCCACUCACCCGUACUCUUACGACGACGACUGCCCCGACGACUUUGAGCUGAAAUGUUUCAGCCUGGCGCAGGAGGACACGAAGUUCAGAAUCCCUCUCCUUCAACGCAUGCUGGCCUUAUCUAAGCGACCCCUCUCCCUUGUUGCCAGUCCGUGGUCUAGCCCUGGCUGGAUGAGGCUCAACGGCAACGUGGAAGGCAAAUCGAAGCUGAAGGGGAAAGCCGGAGACAGGUACCACAAAACGUGGGCCCGCUACUUCAUCAGGUUCCUGGAUGAAUACGCCAGACACAACAUCACCUUCUGGGCGGUGACACCUCAGAACGAGCCCGUCAGUGCUGUCCUUUUGCCCAGCAGCGAAUUCCCCGUCAACAGCUAUACGGCCGAAGAGAUGAGAGACUUCAUCAUCCUAGACCUGGGCCCUGAGCUGGCCGCCAGCUCCCACAAAGAUGUCCUGCUCAUCGUGCUUGAUGACCAGAGGACCUACGUCCUCGACUGGGCAAAAGUGAUCCUUGGAAACAGCAGUUCCGCCAGGUACGUGGCAGGCAUCGGAUUCCACUGGUACAUGGAUCCCAUGACCCUUCCGAGCCUGACUGUGGAGCCCGCACACUCCCUCUUCCCCAAUUACUUCCUGCUCUACACAGAAUUUUGUAACGGUUAUGGGCCGAUUGACGUCGUCCUUGGAAGCUGGGACCGGGGCGUCAGGUAUAGCCAGAGUAUUUUGGAGAACAUCAGCAGGCAUUUUGUGGGUUGGAUCGACUGGAACUUGGCCCUGGAUAUGCGCGGGGGGCCCAACUUCAUUAAAAACUUUGUGGACAGCCCAAUCAUCGUCAAUGCUGCAAAAGACGAGUUCUACAAGCAGCCCAUGUUCUACCACUUAGCUCAUUUCAGCAAGUUCAUCCCGGAAGGGUCCGUCCGAGUCUUGCUGGCUUGCAACAGCCUCCUGGGCAAUUGCCAACUACAGACCGAGGGCUUCUUACGCCCGGAUGGCGUGGCAGUGGUGGUUGUGCUUAAUAAGUGUUUCCUGAGUGUGCCUUUCAGCAUCUCAGAUGAGCAGCUUGGCUACAUUGAGGAUGUUGCUCCGGCCAACUCCAUCCAGACUUACCUGUGGAAGACCUCCGGUGCCUGCCUCGGAGGAAAGGGGCAAGGGAAAUGCCUUCUCCCCACAAAGUGACCUGGAUGCAUGGAAGCAGUCUCAAUCAACCCCCUGCCUCACCCUGCAAACCUCAAGAUCGUGGAUAGAGCCUGAUUGUUGUCAGGCUUCGGGGAAUCGGAUCCCUCCC